AUAAAAUUCGUAAAGUUUGCUUUUUUGUUUGUAAAUUUCGCAUCUUUUUGUCAUCGUCACUCUCUAAAACCUUAGACGGAGAAACCAAAAUUUCAACAGAAAAAAAAAAUUCUUUUAUAUUUUGGAAUGAAGUGAAAUUUCAAUUUUUUUUUACUAGUAGCAUUACUUUCUCACUAAAACCCAGAUUUUUUUCCGAUCAUUUUCCCGAGAUUUUUUGAAGUACUCAAGAAUAAAGAAAUACCGAGAAAGCUUAGAUUCCCAGAAGUUUGAGAGGGACACUUGAGAAUUUGAUGAAAUCUUACAUUACCUGGAAGAAAAGGUUGAAAAUUUCAGUAUGGUCUUCAGUGGUUAUAUCUUCUGGCAGAUAUAAGUCUUAUGUGUCUAGGUAUGUAUAAGAACCAAUUGCAAGAGUUGGCUCAAAGAAGUUGCUUUAAUCUGCCGUCUUAUUCAUGCAUCCGGGAAGGACCUGAUCAUGCUCCUCGAUUUAAAGCUACUGUCAACUUUAAUGGAGAGACUUUUGAAAGCCCUAUGUUAUGCUUUACUUUGAGACACGCAGAACAUGCUGCAGCCGAAGUAGCUCUAAAUACACUUGCCAACAGAGGCCUGUCCAGAGCAUUGGCUGCAAGAGUUUUGGAUAAAACUGGUGUCUAUAAAAACUUGCUUCAAGAGACUGCUCAUAGAGCUGGCUUAAACCUUCCAGUCUACGCCACUGUUCGAUCUGGACCAGGCCAUGUUCCUAUUUUUUCAGGAAUGGUUGAGCUUGGAGGGAUGAGCUUUAUGGGGGAACCUGCUAGGACUAAGAAACAAGCGCAGAAGAAUGCAGCAAUGGCUGCAUGGUCAGCCUUGAGAAAAUUGUCUCACCAUGGCUCAUCUUCGUCUUCAUCACCUUCAUUGGAGUCUAAAGGAAAAGAAGAACAAGAGCAAGUUGUCAUUGCUCGUUUCCUUUCAUCAUUACGACCAUCAGAAGCAAUGCAAUCUUUGCAAAAUGAUUGUCAGUAUGAAAAGCAGAGAUCAAUUCAUGUAUGUAUAGACCUAACCCCACCAACCCCAAGCUUAUAUUCUAUGCAGGGUCAAAGUUGGCCUUACCCUAGUUUUUCCCCUGAAAUAGCCAUGCCCAUAUACCAAAUGUGGCAGCACGAACAAUUAUUACAGCUUCAAAACCACCUGUUUACAUUUCCCAUUUCUCCAGUUCCUGCUGCUAGCCCUCAGAUUCUUCCAUACGUGCAGUCUAGUUUACAUCCGGAUCAUCAUCUGUCAUUUCAAGCUAGGGACCAAAAGCCUAUCCUUACGGCUCCCAGGCUUGCAAUUGCUACCUCAUGCCCUUCUCUUUGCUUCUCUAAUCAUACAGCUUCACAACCAAUCAUGGGUAGGUCUACAGUGACUAUUCAAGAGAUACCUGAGGAGGUCAAAGAAGAAUCAUCCAAACACUCUCCGCCUGUAGUUAGAGAUCCCCCUGUUGCUGCUCAAACUAAUGUUGAAUUGGGUAUGGAGGAAUCAAAACAAGAAGAUCACAAACAGAAGAAUGUUGACUUGGAAAGCAAAGGUGAAAAUGGUCAUAGGAAAUUGGAUGCUGGUACCCGGCCUGUCAACUACCAGUUUCAAAAUCCACAUGCUUUCGAGUCUUCUCAUCUUAGACCACAGCAUCCCCCAAGAGCCAGUUACAGAAAUUCUAGUACACCAUCCUCGGCAGCAGCUCCUGUGAUGAUCAGAACAGUCAGCCCAAUAUCUUCCACAAGACCGAACACGCAAAAGCUGACAACUCAGGUGCCUGUCCCCCCAAGAAUGAGAAGUGGAGCUCCACCAUUUUCAGCCAGACCAAGGUUUGAAAGAAUCAAUCUUGGUGGUAUGCAUUCCAGUUCCAUGGUGGCACCGCCUGUUAGAAUAAGAUCAGUUAUACCAGUGUGUUCAGCCCCACAACCAAGACAAACACCAAGCUUCAACCAGGAGGCAAUGUUGCCCGACAAAGAGAAGAAAGAUACAGCACCUGAGGAUGUGUCAACUGCAGCUUCAGAACUUAAUAAGCUUAGCAUGUAAAUGGAGUAUAAUAGUCCAUAGAUACCACAGGAUGCAUUUUAUUUUUAAC